ACAUAUCGAAUUAAAACGAUCAAUUCACCGGUCGUAUGUAAUUAGUAAUGUGAUAUAGUGAUCUCGGAUUUUAACAUAAAAAUGACUCCGAUCUACGUUUUGAUGGUGCUGUUUGUAGCGAGCAGCCUUUCAAGAGCAAAAGAAAUCAAGGAAGUUCACGAGAAAGCAGUAAAGAGACAUGUUCCGCUUGGAUAUGGAUACUCACACGGCCUAUCUGGUGGUCUGGUAGGAUCGGGCAUUGGGUAUGCAGCAGGUCAUUCUAUUGGCGUAGGAGCACCGGCAAUAGGAAUAGGAAGUGGUCCAGUAGGAUUCGCAACUUCGGGGAUUGGGUCAGGGAUCGGGAUUGGGUCAGGGAUCGGGAUUGGAUCAGGAAUUGGUAUUGGUGGUGGAGCGGGCAUAGGAUUUGGAGGCGGUUCAGCCGGAAUCGGUGGUUCGGGUGUGGGUAUUGCUGCCGGGCCAGCUAUAGGAAUCGCUACUGGUCCAGCAGUGGGAGCAGUGGGAAUCACCGCUCCAGCCGUAAGCGUCGGAGCAGCCCCUGCAGUAUCCACUUCUGUCGCUAUCGAACCCAAUCCAGUUAUACUCCGCCAAGAAGUACCCAGAUACAUUACGAGAACGAUCACUCGCGACGUUCAAGUUCCCGUUCAAGUACCAGUUCCAUUCCCAGUGGAUCGGCAAGUGCCCUUUCCGGUCAGGGUUCCCGUUCCCGUGCAAGUCGACAGACCAGUACCAGUGCCGGUUGUCCAUCGCGUUCCUGUCGAAGUGACGAGACAAGUGCCCGUUUAUUACGAGAAGAAGGUGCCGUACCCGGUCAAAGUUCCCGUGUCGGUGCCCGUACCUUACCCGGUUACUGUGGAGAAGCAUGUGCCAGUCGACAGACCGGUUUACGUUGACCGUCAAGUACCAGUGCCACACCCGGUUUAUGUGGAUAGGCCGGUAAAUGUCCCGGUCCCGGUUCAAGUGGACAGACCAGUUCCGGUGCCGCAUCCCGUCGUUGUUGAGAGAAGAGUUCCAGUACCUGUUUCGGUGCAAUCAGUUGCUGCAGUUCCUGCCGUUGUGGGCGUUUCUAGCAUUGGUGGUGCGGGUGGUAUCGGUGCUGGCGGUAUUGGCGUCGGUGGAGUAGGCAUAGGCAUCGGCGGUAUAGGCGGAGGUGGAGUCAGCAUUGGUGGGCUCUCCGGUUCUGGUGGUCUAGGAAUCGGUGGUCUAUCCGGUUAUUCUGGAGUGUCGGGAAUAUCUAGUUAUGGCGGAUAUGCCUCAGGAGUCCCUGUGGUGUCUUCUGGAUUUUCCUCUAUACCUGUUUCCGGUCAUGUGUCGCUAUCGCAUGGUAUCCCACUGUCAGGCGCCAGCAGCUACUCCAAAUACUACUCUCAUGGCCAUUAGGGAUCUAUGAUUAUUGCCAUAUGAUUGCCAUAUAAUUAUUAUCUAUCUAUGAUGAUCAUUGUACUCUGUAUUAAAAAAAU